AACAAAACUAGUCACAACAACGUGGAGCGGAAGCCAGCAGCCUCGAGUGAACCAGUUAAAAGCCAGAAACAAAGUCUGAGAAAAAAAGAGAGAGAGAGCGCGAAAUACCAGAAAGCUUUUGGAGACAGGAGCAAGUUUUCGAGAUCCAAAGUGAACGUAGCUUUCGGCGCGCUUAAACCACACUCGAUUGAUAUUGAUUCAUUGCCAGCGAGCCACUGAACCGCCUCGCAUUCCGCGAAUACCAGACAAAAGUCAGCCGAAAACCGAAAAUGUUGCGAACCUUUGCCAUUCUGCUGGUGAUCGCAGUGGCCGUAAAUGCGAGAGCUGCACCACAGAGAACCACCGUUUCGCCGGAUUAUGAAACCACCGAAAAUGUGGAGCUUAUUGAGGAGUCCACCUAUAUGUCCGUGGAGGAGGGAACCAUCACGGUGGACGUCGAUUCGGAUCUGAUACUGACCACCAGUCCCGAGGGCGAGGCCUUCACCGAGGCCAGUCCGAUGGGUCUGACGGAGGAACCGCUUCCGGAUUCGGUGGUGCAGCAGUUGGAGAUGGAGCGGGCCCAGGAGGAGCGGCUGAAGAAUCCCGAGGAGCCGGAAUCGGAGCUGGAGUCGGAGUCGGAGAAUGAGGAGCAGAGCGCUACAACCACGGAGCCACCGAAUUCUAAUAAUACUGGCACCACCAGGCGCAGCUUCAAAUUUGGCGCAACCACACUGCCACCAAGUUUCAUCACAACUACCGAAAGAGGCAUCACUACCAUUGCACCACAGGAAGUCACCACAUCACGCUCUUCGGAGACUGAGGAAACCACCGAGUUCCAGGAGGUGAGGACCAUGAGAAACUACUUCGAACGGAAGCCAGCGCAAAUGGGAGAAAUCGAUCUGGACAUGGCCGAGAACCGAAUGGAGACCACCACGAAUAUCCCAGCCCAGGAGCCCGUGGAGCUGUCCAUGAUCAUGACCACCGAAGCCGCUUUGGUGGAGGAGAACCCCAAGCCGAAUAGUGAGAGUGAUCAGGCGGAGUCGGUGGAAACCACAGUGGUGCCGCUUUACCAAUAUGUUAGCAAUGGAGCUCCCAUUGUCACGGAGCCACAGCCUGAACAUUCUACGGUUAUGCCAGUAUUAAACGAAGAAGUAGCCUCUACUGUGUCUCCAUUAGAAGAAAUUAAAGAACUCUUACUGGUUUCGUCCACCUCAGCACCAGAAACCACCACAGAGGCUGAGGAAACCACAACUCAAGCUUUUACAACCACCACUACAACCACUGAGGCUGUUGUGCUGACCACCAAAGUGGAAACUCUGUUGAAUGCCCAGCCAGAGACUACUACCAGUGCUCCAGAGACCUCAACUAGCACCACUAGUGCUCCAGAGACCACAACUAGCACCACUAGUGCUCCAACCACAACGAGUACCACCAGCACCACCAGUGCUCCCACCACGACAACCACCACAACUACAGAGCGGCCCAUUCAGACGCGAGCUCCUCGAGUGGAGCGGAUCUUCAACUCGGACGGAGUGGAGGUGCUCUAUGGUUACUCGUCGGUGGUGCGGACCAACCGCUCGUGAGUGGCGCUGGUGGUUGCCCCACCGAGAAUGCGACCUUGUCAAGGUCGAACAACUUGCCAUAAUGCGGAGACGGGGAGACAUUGAGCGAUUCAUGCUCGAUUGGUUUGUUUUAGGCAAUUUUCAAUUCUAAACGAGUUAUAAACAAAAAUAUUUAAAUUUCAUCCGACGGGCCCCAACACAGUGUGAUAAACCAAAAAAUAGAUAACUCUGCGUAAGAUGAUAUCGAUAUAGAUGCAAAUCCACAACGACAUCAAACAAAACAAAUAUGAUAUUGUGCAAAAUUGUGUACGGUCUGCCAAAUGACAAAAAUGAAGAGAAAUGCUGGAGAUAAACGAUUUUAUAAAUUAUAAAUAAAACAUGAACACCAAUCUUUCGUUUCGC